UUAUGGUUUUAGGUCUGCACGCUCCUUUUAGUGGCAGCCAUAGUGAGGAAGGUGAGAAAGAGUAGCUGGUGGGAAGAUGCAGAUCUUCGUAAAGACCCUCACGGGCAAGACUAUCACUCUUGAAGUCGAGCCCAGUGAUACGAUCGAAAAUGUAAAAGCCAAAAUCCAAGAUAAAGAAGGUAUCCCCCCUGAUCAGCAGCGUCUGAUCUUUGCCGGUAAGCAGCUGGAAGAUGGACGUACCUUAUCUGACUACAACAUCCAGAAGGAGUCUACUCUUCAUUUAGUCCUCCGUCUUCGUGGUGGUGCUAAGAAGCGCAAGAAGAAGAACUACACCACCCCUAAAAAGAAUAAGCAUAAGAAGAAGAAGGUUAAGCUUGCAAUUCUGAAGUACUACAAGGUGGAUGAGAAUGGCAAGAUCACAAGAUUGCGCCGAGAGUGUCCUAACGAGGAAUGUGGGGCAGGCGUCUUCAUGGCCUCGCACUUUGACCGUCACUACUGCGGCAAAUGUUGCUUGACAUACGUUUUUAACAAGCCAGAAGAAAAAGCCUAAAUUGUUAGAAAAAUAAACCUGCUGUGAAAAAACA